GGGCGUGGCUCCGCCUCUGCACUGGGAGUCGGUGUGAUAUCUGAAACUGACGCGCUUCUCCUUCUUCACGUCUGGAAAAUGUCCUGAAAACUAUCACAACAGUCGGAAAGUGGACACUAACCGGGAUAUUUACACCUGGAUGUUUUGGCUGCGUGGUUUCUGAGAGAGCGGUAUAUGUCUCAGGAGGAAACGAAGUAAGCGACUGUGUUGGUAAACUUUAGUCCUGCGUUAGCUAGCUGGUUAGCUGGUUAGCUGGUGAGCUAAUGAGCGCAGCUUGUACACGGUGUGAGGUGAACUUUCCACUCCCACAGGCCUGAGACUGACUGCCUGCUCUGCAACAGGUCUCCUCUGAGAUAUGAAGUAGAAACCAGACACGGGCACUUUUUUUCUCGCUUUUUUUCAGCUAAUAUAUUUUUUUAAAACAGAGUCCGGACUAAUUUAUUCCCGGGAGAAGUGAAUUUUCCCUCUGUGUACACCAGACUAGCUCAGCUACUUUGCGCAGCCGCUUUGGGACAAAAGGAAAAAUUGAGGAGUUGACUCGGUUAAAUGCGUUACGAAGCCAAAAUGAUGCCGAUGUUCUUGACCGUGUACCUCAGCAACAACGACCAGCAUUUCACAGAGGUGCCCAUAACCCCGGAGACGGUGUGCCGUGAUGUGGUGGAGCUCUGCAAGGAGCCGGGAGAGGUGGACUGCCACUUAGCUGAGAUGUGGAGAGGAUCGGAGCGAGCUGUGGGCGAGGGCGAGAGGAUGCUGGAGCUACUGCAGCGCUGGGGCUCACGCAGAUCAGAGGUCCGCUUCUUCCUGCGCCACGAGAGAACUCCCGGCCGCGAGCCAGGAAAUGCCAGGGGCAUGGAUCAGAGGAGGAACGGUGUUAAAGGACCCCCAGAUAGAAGGAUGGAGAAUGGAGUGGCUGCUCCGCGCAUGGACAUGACACUGGCUGAGCUGCAGGAGAUGGCGGCGCGACAGCAGCAACAAAUCGAUGCUCAGCAGCAGCUGCUGGCCUCUAAGGAGCAGCGCCUGCGCUACCUGAAGCAGCAAGAUCAGAUGAAGCAGCAGCAGGCUUCCGAACAGGAGAAGUUACAGCGCCUCAGGGAGAACGUGGAGAAGCAGGAGGCUCGGCUCAAGAAAGUGCGCGCUCUCAAGGGCCAGGUGGAGCAGAAGCGCAUCAGCAACGGAAAACUGAUGGAGGAGAUCGAGCAGAUGAACAAUCUCUUCCAGCAGAAGCAACGUGAGCUUGUAGUGGCAGUGUCUAAAGUCGAGGAGCUCAGCAGGCAGCUGGAGAUGCUGAAGAACGGCAAGAUGGAUGCCCUGCACGAUAAUCAGAGCGCUGUGGCCGAGCUUGAUCGUCUCUACAGAGAGCUACAGCUAAGGAACAACAUGAACCAGGAGCAGAACUCGAAGCUGCAGCAGCAGAGGGAGAACUUGAACAAGAAGAACCAGGAGGUGGCCACCAUGGACAAGCGGGUCAACGAGCUCCGUGAUCGCCUGUGGAAGAAGAAAGCAGCGCUGCAGCAGAAAGAGAAUCUUCCAAAUGGCUUCCCCGUUAAGGAAAAGGCAUCAAAAGAUACCCAACCCAAGGUUUCUUCUGAUGGCCAGCCGCCCCAGUCAGGGGGUCAGUCUCGCGUGGCUGCAGUGGGGCCGUACAUCCAGUCGUCCACCGUGCCACGCGGCCCAGCCAGACACGACCUGCUGAAGCCCACCUACCCCGACGGCACAGCCACACUGCCGCCUCAGGACAGGAGCACUGGCAUGGUGUCCGCGCCGGCCAAACCUGGCACAGGCCUGCAGUCAUCAAAAGUGCUUAAAGUGACCGACUGGAGCUCACCAGCCACAGAUUCCAACACCAGCUAUGCCUCGUCUACUUUACCACGGCUGCCAAGCCAAGUGCCUGCAGAGCAAGCUCCAGAUGACACGGACGUGUUGAAAAGAGGACAGCAGGACCGGAAGGCGCGCCCCGUCUCCAUGUUUGAAUCCACCGAGCCGUCCACGGCCUCCUUACGCAAGAACCAGAGCAGCGAGGACCUCGCGAGAGACGCCCAGAAUGCUGCAAAAAACCCGGUCAAAGUUCCUCCUCCUGUGCCAAGCAAACCCCGGCAGGUCAAUCUGCCCUUCCCAGGCGCGGGCACCUUCCCAGGCAAGGGCAAAGUGAGCAGCCAGCAGCAGCGCACGCCUCUUCCACCGGCUCAGAGUAACACACUUCCCCUACCAUCCAAGCAGGAAACCCCACCGGCUGCCACUGUACGACCUUUCACCCCAGAGCCCAAGGAACCCCCUAUGCAGAAACCUCAGACAGUGGCAGCCAGCUCCAUCUACUCCAUGUAUACAAAGCAGUCAGCAGCAGGGAAGGGCUUGCAGCAGGGGGUGCAGGGAGCACUGAACCGUUCCCACAACCGCUACAGCUUUGUUAGCAUGUACGGUAAGCCUGUGAUCGGCGCAGGCCAGCAAUCCCAGUCACCGCAGAUGGACAACCCCUACGUGGAGCGUCCUAAUGUCCCUGAAAUGGAGACCGACCAAGGCACGAAUGGCACUCCGGCAACCGAGAACCAAGAGACGGAACGUAUCCCGCGGCCACUGAGCCCCACCAAGCUGCUCCCCUUCAUCUCCAACCCCUACCGCAACCAGAGCGACAUGGACCUGGAGGCACUACGCAAGAAGCUCUGCAACGCCCCGAGACCCCUUAAAAAGCGCAGCUCCAUCACCGAACCCGAGGGUCCUGCCGGGCCCAACAUCCAGAAACUUCUCUACCAGAAGACCACACUGGCUGCGAUGGAAACCACAAUCAAUCCUCCUCGACCUGCAGAGGAGGAGAACGCCACGCCCGAUCCGGUCAACACUGAACAAUCCGAAUCCGAAUCUCCCGAGCAGCCACUCACUGACCCGCUGCCACCUAUAGACGUUCUGAAAAUCGAUGGCGAAGACUUCAUCCCGCCCCCGCCGCCACCUCACCCUGCUCCUCGCCCCGAAGACGCUCUCUUAAUCCCACCACCUCCUCCUCCUGAGGUCGAAGAGCAGCUCCCGUUACCUGCGGAGAGCUACGUGGAGGAGUUCCCUCCAUAUCCUCCUCCUCCUUAUCCAAGCGGCGCUGAGCAGGAAGCUCUGGGGGAUGACACGUUUAACAUGAAGCCACCAGAGGUCAUGGGACAGGUGCCUCUACCACCAGGCAAAAGGACGAAUUUGCGCAAGGUCGGAUCGGAGCGCAUCAGCCAUAGCAUGAGGGUGAAAUUCAACCCCUUGGCUUUGCUUCUAGACUCUUCUCUGGAGGGAGAGUUUGAUCUGGUGCAGAGAAUCAUCUACGAGGUUGAGGACCCCAGUCAGCCUAACGAUGAAGGUAUCACAGCUCUACACAACGCCGUCUGUGCCGGACACACAGAGAUCGUCAAAUUCCUCGUACAGUUUGGAGUCAACGUUAACGCUGCCGACAGCGACGGCUGGACUCCGCUGCACUGUGCCGCUUCCUGCAAUAACGUGCAGGUGUGUAAGUUCCUCGUGGAGUCUGGAGCGGCCGUGUUUGCUGCCACGUACAGCGACAUGCAGACGGCUGCAGAUAAGUGUGAGGAGAUGGAGGAGGGCUACACCCAGUGCUCGCAGUUCCUCUAUGGAGUGCAGGAGAAGAUGGGCAUCAUGAACCGGGGCGUGGUAUACGCGCUGUGGGACUACACGAGUGAAGAAGAUGACGAGCUGCAGUUCAGAGAGGGAGACUGCAUGACCGUGGUGAGGAGAGAGGACGAGGACGAGAUUGAGUGGUGGUGGGCCCGCAUGGGGGACAAGGAGGGCUACAUUCCCAGGAACCUACUCGGGCUGUAUCCAAGAAUAAAGCCACGACAAAGGAGCUUGGCUUAAAUCACCCAGAAAUGGAGGAGACAUGAAUCUGUGGGACAUCUGUGGGAAAUGUACUAACACACACACACACACACACACACACGUACCCCACAGUCACUGGGCCAAGACUCAGUGAAUCAAAUGAAGAGACCAAAACAUGAAGGAUUUUUUUUUUUUUUUUGAAGAACAAAAAAGAGAACUGAACCUCUCACUGCAGACACUGCACUUUUCUAUUCUAUGGUUUCACGUUUUCUUUGUGCUAUUGUGAGUAGAUAACCAUUUUGUGUUUCUGUGAAAUUCGCCUCUGGAAUACAUCUGAACACAUCAUACUCUUUAAUUUCACUACAAUAUAGCAGCGCAGAUAUUUGCUGGAGCCUUGUCUUUGUUACGUGACGUUUUUAUAUACAGAGGGCUCAGAUAAUCCUGUGAAUUUACCAAAUCGAUAAACUGUGUAAAUGCAGUAUGCUGUGGAUAAGCUUUCUGUUUUUGUUUUUUUUUUUGUAUACCAUGUAACAGUGAUUAAACAGUAUAGUUACUGAAAAAAAAAAAGAUCUCCAAAUCACUUCAGACGUGAGCUCAGUCUAUUUUCUGCAUAAAAGACUCAAUUCAAGGAUUCAAGGUCCAUGUUCUUACACUGAAGUUCACUGAAGCUCUUAAACUUUUGUUAAUCAGAGCUUUGAGGCGAGUGCUAUUACCGUAAGUCAGUAUUUGUUUUGCCCUUUUUUUUUUUUUAUAGAACGUUAAAUGACUCAACUGUUUAAGUUUUAAGCAAAUGUGUCCUGUUUGUUCUUGUGGGAAAAUAAUUAAUUAUGCCUAUUCUGCAAAAAAGCCUGUUUUGUACAACAUGUAAUCAGAUUUUGAAAACAUUGUCCUUAGAUUACUUGAUUGAUUUUUUUUUUCCUUUUUCCUUGUUGUCUAAAACUUUUUAGUAUAUCUUUUUUUUUUUUGCGUAUCUUUAAAAAUACAUAUAUUUCCAGCCUUCUACAUUGUCAAAGCAGCUGUAUUUAUUGUGCCUAAUUUCUCAGCUUCGUGUCGUGAUCUGUAACCUCAUUCAAUUACAAUACUUUAAACACUA